CAAAGUAUGACAAGAGUGUGUGUGAUCUGCUCGCUGUCCUGCACUCGGUCUCUGGUCUGAAGGAACUGGAUCUUAUCUUCAGAUUCUUGACUGUGGAUGGAGCGUCCAGAGUCCUGGACCUCGUUCAGAUGAACCCCAGCCUGACUGCAUUAAAUUUUUUGGCAGUUGAGCGGCCUGACACAAGUAGGGCGAACUUCAAGAAGGACGGCAGGAAUGAAUUCUUCAGCAUCCAUAGGACGAGUGAGAGUGAAGACAGUGAUUCAGAAGGACUGAAUGGUAUUCGUGAUUCUUAUGAACUGGAGAAUGUGGAGCGUAUUCUCUGCUCGGAUCUCAGGAUGUGGAGAAGAUUAUCAGGGCAGUACAGCUUGUUUUUGAAGUGCACCGGCUCCUGUCCCAGUACAAAGUCACUGUUCUCGAGCAUAGAGCUCACCCUGUCUGAAAACUCAGAUAAAACUAGCAGUGACUGGAAAAACUUCCUACAAGCGUACAACCGAUGCAAAGGGAUCUCUAUAAUAAGUCCUACAUUUGAGGAGAGUGUGGAUGCUCUGCUGUUGUCCCUGCACUCUGUGUCUGGUCUGAACAAGGUGCAAUUGAUGACGGACAGCCUGACUGAGAACUUGGCUGCAAAGAUCCUCUUCAUGUGUCACACAUGGCCCAGUCUCCAUAACAUCUGUUUGCAAGUGGAGUACAGUAAGAGAUACAGUGAGCUCAAUGUGUGUUCCACUCUCAGCAUCACCAGAAUCACAGACUCUACCUUGACAGUUGACAUUCAGUUGGCCCAUGAUAGCAUGAUUGAAAUUUCUCCAUCAUUCAUUUCAUUCACAUCACCAUGUUCAGAGAUCCCUAAACUGGAUGGACGGGAACUCUUUGAAACUCUUGACAUACUUAAAGAUUUAGAAGAAGGAUGUGAAGAGCAUGAAGAGCUUGUGGGUGUUUUGAUGUCCACCUUGCUCUCCGUUCCUGGUCUGCAGAAGGUCAGACUCAAGAUCAGCCAUCUAACGGAGAACUGGGUGAAAAGGAUUCUGUCCUUAACUGAAAUCUGUCCCAGUCUCCAGGAGAUCAGAUAUGACUGCAUAGAAAGUAGUGACUUGUUGUUGGAGGACAUUGUGAGGAUUCUGCAGAGCUCUCAGAUGGAUUCCGAUUUCAAGAUAAUUAUCACAGGAAUUAAGCGCAGUAACGCAACAGAUGGGUGCACUGAAAUGAUGGACACAUCUGGAUCAUCAUCUGCCUGCAAUGAGAAUCUGAAAAUCACUUUCUGCCAGGACUCUUCUACAAGACUAUUCACAACACAUGAAAUUGACAAAGAUGACAACGACAGCACUGAAGAGGAAGACUUUUUCCUGCUUUAGGAAAGACUGUUUUUUUAACAAACACAUUGACAAACAAUGUUACUAUUUUAAAUUACAUUUUUACUUUAAAAAGAAGUAUACCUACGUAAACUGAAUUGCAUUUCAUAUCAAGCCCCACUAGUAGCCCCAUUUUGACUCUGAAGUUCCCUCUGAUGACCACUGGAGGGCCCCCUCUCCUGAAUAUUAAGUUAUAUUCUUUUCAGUACAAUUCCCACAAUCCCUCCCAUGGCCUGAUUACACAACAUCUCUAGCCAAUUUGUAGAGUAUGUAAGCUCUGAACACACUCUUCUGUUUGGAAGUUUAGAUUUUUUCCCUUAGCGCCCUCGAUUCUGGUUUUCCCCGUUGUAUGACUGCUUGCAGCUUAAUGAUGGGAGAAAUUAACCUUUCCGAAGCUUCGAAUCAAUUAAACCAAUUGCAAAAUGAUUCACUGUUUCGAAACAUUUACGCUGGUGAUGCCUGCUUGUCAAAACGGUCAAUUCAACAAAAACUCAUGCCAAAACAUACAUUAAAACAGCUUUUACAAACCUAUUGCAAAUGUUUUCUUGAAAGUAUAAUACAUUAAAUGCAAUUAAAAUAAUAAAAUACCAUUAAAUAUGAA